UUUAAGUGCUCCAAGGAGGUGGCCUCUGCCAUGCGCGGGGCCAUCAUCCUGGCCAAGCUCUCCAUUGUCCCCGUAAGCACAGGCUGCUGGGAGAACAAGAUUGGCAAGCCCUACACCGUCCCUUGCAAGAUGACAGGCCGCUGCGGCUCCGUGCUGGUGCACCUCAUCCUUGCACCCAGGGGCACUGGCAUCGUCUCGGCGCCUGUGCCCAAGAAGCUGCUCAUGAUGGCUGAUAUCGAUGACUGCUACACCUCAGCCCAGGGCUGCACUGCCACCCUGGGCAACUUCGCCAAGGCCACCUUUGAUGCCAUCUCUAAGACCUAUAGCUACCUGAUCCCCGACCUCUGGGAGGAGACUGUAUUCACUAGGUCUCCCUAUCAGGAAUUCACUGACCACCUCGUCAAGACCCACACUAGAGUCUCCGUGCAGUGGACCCAGGCUCCAGCUGUGGCUACAAUAUAG